AUGGCAGGACUGGUUGGUUACGCCAGCAGCGACGAAGAGGACGAACAUUCUCACCAUUCUCCUCCGCCAACAACAUUCCCAAACGAACAACCAAAAACAACACAAACUGCAAAAGAAAUCUCAAAUCAAGAAUCCGCCUCAAACAACAAACCAACUCCAGCACCGCCAACUCAAUCAUCAACAUCUCACGAACAUCCACCAUCUGAGCCUCAGGAACAACAUCCAGCACCAUCAACCCAACCAACAAUCGGUCCCGCGCUCGGUCCAUCCCUCCCAGAAUCAUCCACUCUCCCUGGCCUCCCCGAGCCCUCGGAGCCCUCAUCGCCAUACACAGCAACCCGCACCUUAACCCACGACCUCACCCUCCCGUCUAUACCAAACCUCGACAUCCCGCCCUCCCCACCAGGCUCUCCUCCCCCGCAAACAACUGCCAAAUUCCAACAAUUCCUCACGCUCAAACGCCAAGGCACACACUUCAACAGCAAGCUCGAGCAGUCUGCUGCGCUGCGCAACCCUUCGCUCUGCGACAAACUCCUCUCAUUUGUGGAUCUAUCUGGGGCGGCGCAGUACGAAACCACGGUGUCGUUGGAUUUGUAUGACCCUAGUGGGUUUCCGGAGUGGGCGUAUAGAGAUAAGUUGAGGAAGGCGAGGGAGGGUGUUGUCAAGGAGAAGGAGAAGGAGGAUAAGGCUGCUGGGAGGACUAUUGAAUUUGUGGGUGGCGUUGUGAGUUCGAAUUCACCUGCCAGUACGGGAGGGUUGUCACGAGAGAAGAGGAAAAGUGGCCGGAAAUAG